AUAUAUAUAUAUAUAUGUAGCAGAUGCUUGUUAAAAUGUAGCAAAAACAGAUGAUGUUUAAGUGCCAAUGUGUCAGUGAUAUGACGUCCUCAUUUGUCAAUGCAUUUUUAUGUAAGAUGUGUGAGUGUUUACAAUAUAAUGAUCAUCCUGUACAUAUUAACUUAUUGUUUUUAAUGAAAAUGUAACCAAAAAACAUGUCAUAAUUUUAGAAAAGGCAAAAAAUAUAGAUUUAAAUGGUCAUAACCUCAGUACAGAACCCACAUUUUGAUCAUCUGAAAUAUUACAUUGUGUUCACAGAUUGCUUACUGUUUUCCUUUUUCUUCUUUUUUUAAGAGUGUUCUUUCUUAUAAAUAAGAAGGUUUUUGCUUUUGGACUGUUGGCUGUGUUAUGUGUGAUGUGCUCUACAUACAGUCAGUAUAUUAUAGUAUUUUAGUAUUUAAGGAAGCACUUCUGCUCAGCAGGGCCACCGACGGCAGUUUCUCCAGAAUGUAGCUUUAAUAAAACUUAUAUGGUAAAUAUUCAGCCUUAGCAGCAUGUCAUGUGUUUCAGAACAUAGACAGAAAUAACAUAUGAGUUAUGGCCAUUUAAGUUGUACUUGUAAUGAUUAAAAUUUGUUCUAAAUUGUUACGUGAAUAUGCAAUAUUGUGUCAAUUUUAGAUAAAUACUUAUUUUGGUGUGUAAUAUCAAAUUAUUUUCUAUUUAAGUACAAUAUUCUAAUAUUGUCAGCAGCAUUCAGUAGGCUAGAAUAUUCAUAGCUGUAUCAAAGAGCUGUGCAAUGUACUAUACACUGUAAAAAGUAAAACAUCAGGUCCACUUGAAAUUUUAAAUGCAUAGAUUUUUAAAAUGCUCUCAACACAGACUUAGUUUAGUCAAAAGAUUUCAAAAAGAUGUACUUGCCUCCUUAUAAGCUGAAAUUGCUUGAAUUGGGUGGAUUUUUGCUCAGUUCUUCCCCCAAUUUAGUCAUUGCUAAUUUCCACACACAGUCUAUAACUCUCCUAUCACAGAGAGCGCACCCAGCCUGGCAGAGGGGAUGAAGGCUCCCUCCUCUCAGGCUGAGGGUGUAUUUGGUGACUGUGGGGCUAGAAGCAGGAAUUGUUUACCAGUAAUUUUAAUAAACGAAAUGAUCUCAUUAUAUUGGCAGAUAAUGUUUCUUGUUUUUGCUUGUUUUAAGGGAAAAGAAUACUUGCAAAGCAAACACAAUGAUCUGCCAGUAUAGUGAGAUUAUUUGGUACAGAGUAACACAGAGGUACAGUAAUAAGCAAUGGGAUGACUUUUUCAGGGAUAUAACACAAAGCCAUUACAUUUUGAGAGAAGUAAUUAAUAAUGAAUUUGUUUGAGUAAUUUCCCCAAAUCCAAAGCUAUCUAUACUAACAGUAACACUGCAGGGAGCAGUACAUUAGCAACAUGGAAUAGUACAUUAUAACCAGGAAUGGAUGUGUGCAUUGACAUUACAGAAUAUAAUCAGAAUAAAAUCUCGCAAAUUAGUUCAAAUCUACCCAAAGGUAGCUGCCUACCUUUGCCACCUCUUACCACCCCUGUCUAAGACUACCUAAAGAACAAUUAUUUGUGGUGUGACUGUCCUGGUUGUCAGACAACCAGAGAUUGUGAGCUCAAAUCCCACUAAAACUUGAACUCUCUGCAGUCACUCUCUUCCCCCCAGGCUGUGGAAAAUGUGUGAUAGAGGGAAGUUAUGGUCUGUGGGUAUGGACUGGCAAUGACUAAACUGAGCAAAAAGUUCAGCACAAACAGACAAAAAAACAGAAUUUUCAGAGUGAGCUUAAAUUAAACUGGAUUUUGUGGUACUACAAAUGUAAGUUGAACUAAGAACUAAAUUGAUAAAGAAAAAAAAUUUGAACUCUAAUCUUUCAAGUUCACCUGACUUUUAUUUUUACAUUGUACUAUUAUGUUGGAUUAAUGGGUUAGCAAGCUAACUUCCACUUCUAUGUAAGGCAACUCUGACCUGACCUAACUAACUUAACUAACCUGACCUUUGGUUUAAACCAAAGUUAGCUCACAACCCAUAAAUCUAGCUUUAUAGUGUAGCUCACCCUCCUGUUUCCUACUGCACUGUUAAGUAGAUGUACUGAAGUUAUAAGCUGAGAAACUUUGUAUUUCUUUAAAUAGUUAACAUAAGUACUGUAUAUUUGAGAGCUGUUAAGUUUGCACACAUUUAAGAACAUGUUUUCUUAGUUAUUAUAAAUUAAAUACUGUAUGUUUUUGUAAAUAUGUUCUCAUGGUUGUUUUUGCACAUAAGUUGCAAUCAUUUCUAAAUACAUUCCAUGUUACUGGUUGAGUUCAGCAAUCACAGAAACCUCUGUGCACAAAGAACAUGUACAUUUUGCUUCUUUUGUCAUACUGUCUCAGUCAAGGACACAGCCCUGCACCUAUAGCAGUUCACUUGUAAAACAAGGUGCACCGUUUACUUUACAACACCUAUAAACAGGCUACUCUGCACACUUUACAUGAUAACAUUGUGCCAUAUUGUCCCAUAUUUUCCCCAGCAAUGGACUUUGGGCCUCAUCCUUAUCAGUCAUCUGCAUCAGGCUUGUAAAUUCUCUAUUUUACUGUUUUUCAUUAGUAGGACACAGUGUCCACAUGUAAAGGUGUCCAGAUUAUGGAAAGCAGGAUAAAGAAACAGGACGCAAGAGUUUAUCUUCACAUUUUAUCACUUAUGAAAAUUGCACUUAAGACAAAAUGUCAGGUAGCUCAAAACCAGGAUCUUUUACUGAACACAUUUUUUAAAUUGUGGUGAUCGGAGAUUCUGGUGUUGGAAAAACUAGAUUUGUCCAUCGUUACAUCAGAAACCAUUUCUCGAAUCAACUGAAAUUAACAGUUGGAGUGGAUUUCUCAGUGAAGAUGAUUGAAUGGGAUAUUAAGACGUUGAGAUUACAGCUGUGGGACAUAUCAGGUCAUGAACACUUUAAAAAUAUGAGCAGAGUGUAUUUCAAAGGAGCAAGAGGAGCACUUGUUGUAUAUGACAUAGCAGAGGAGUCAACACUAGAGGGGGCACUGACCUGGAAAUUUGACCUUGACUGCAAAGUUGUGACGGAUAGCGGUCGUCCAAUACCUUCAGUUCUACUCACGAAUAAAUGUGAUCAGGACAAAGCUUGCUCAAAGGAACCCUGUCUUAUGGACAAACUGUGCUCAGAAAAAGGCUUUGCUGGAUGGUUCAAGGUAUCUGCUAAGGAGAAUGUUAAUGUGGAUGAAGCUGUUAACUUCCUUGUGAAGCACAUUCUGCUGUGUGAGGAGUCACCCCCUAAGGAAGGCCGGAGUGGGAACAUUACCCUAAAGCAAACACCAGAAAAGAAGCCUUCUAAAUGCUGUUAACAGCAGAACUUUAGGGCUUGUUUAAUGUUUUUGUUUUAGACAAAACUGAGAAUUUUUUUUUCUUUGAUAUGAAUGGAACAUUCAUUGGACCUUCAUUGAACGGUUUAUUGGAUAGUGGGGGUAAAAUCUGGAAUGUUUUCUCAUAGUAGUCUUGAAAUAUUUUUUAAAUGAUUUUUCAUCAUUACUGAGAUAUUUUACUUAAACAUUUAUAACAGCAUUGCCUUUAUAACUGAAUAUUUAU